UAUCUAGUCGUAAAAUACUCUCGUGGCAAUCAACUGUAACGCUGCUAAGUGGAUCAAAAGGUUGCAUCAAAGCCCAAUACACAUAAUGAGCCAAAACGGUGGGACGUGAAGGACAUAGGAGUGUGUCAGUGAUAAGUAGCCUAGAAUUAACAGGGAAUGUAGUACAUUGGGAAGCUAAAAAGAGUUUUGAAUGAUUGACAGUUUUGGGAAGUAUACUACGACUUUCCAGUUUUCUCCCUCAAGCUGUCAACAUGAUCAAUACAUUACCAGUAACAUAUGGGCCACAAAUAUAAAUAUGGAAACUUUAAAGGCAUAUUUGAACAGAAUUAGAUUUCCCAGUGUUUCAUCAUCAACAUCUGUGGCCAAAGGGACAAAAAAGGAGAAAUUAUGUAGAAAAGGAAGCUUACAACAUCAUGGCUCGUCAAAGGCGUCCAAAAAAAAUAAAUAUCAAAAUCAUGAUCCCCUAUCUUCUAGGGAUUCAAAUGGAUUUACGUCUAUCCAUGGAAUAAAUAAUAUUGAUUUUUUAGACAAUGAAUACGAAAUUCCUCAAUGCACAAUGGUGUCAACAUUGAAAUUAGCACUACAGAACUCCGUUGGAAAAAAAUCUCCUCCUCCGAUUAAACCGCCAAGGAGGGACAAAAUUUUGGUUAUUGAUCUGGAUGUGAAAAAAGGGGGAGAAUUAGGUCUCUCAAUAGAUGCUGUUGAUUUAUUUUCAGUAGAGAAUUAUUUUUACGGGGAAAGUCCGACUCGGAAAAGGAUAUACAGUGAUAGAGGUAUAGAUUCUAUGAAUGGAUAUGCCGAUAUUGUAGAAGUUUUACGGAUAGUCCAUAUUAAAGAAGGUGGGAUUGUUCACAAGGAUGGGAGAAUUCAUGUCUAUGAUGAAAUAUUAGAAUUAAAUGGACAGUCUCUUCAGAAAGAAACAGUCGGGAAUGCUAGGCUACUCUUAGCCAAUGCUGUCAAGACGGGUCGUCUUACUAUGACUCUACGUAGACGGAAGAAAAGACAAGCUCCACCAGUACCCACGACGACAACAAGUUCAAAAGAUAUGCAUUUCUCAGAAUCUAGAACCGCUUCCUCGGAAAUGUCUAGCCAAAUGAUGACUACCUCAUCUCACAUGUCUCACAUGACUGCUAGUUACUCAAGUCACAUGACACAUAAACAGUCAAACAUUGGUCAUGUGACAUCUCACAUACACUCAAGUCAAAGUACCUCUAACCAUACAUCUCAUAUGAUAUCUCAAUAUGGGAACAAUAUAUCUCAAACUCUGUCUCAAGUCUCCAAUCAUGCAUCUCAUACAAAUAUUGGUUUAAUGAAUGGGUCAUAUCAUCAAAAUACAUCUAUUAAUCGGGUCAAAGUUGAAGAGGAUCAUUUGUAUGAACCAGUUGAGGUCACCAAUGGUGUUUAUAGGCAGAAACAAUUAAGUCAAUCUCUAAAUAGUUUUUUGAAUGUUGAGUCUGAAAAUAAUAAUAAUGAUGGAAGUUCGUGCACAUUGAAUUCCUUGAUGUAUAAUUCUGAAUAUAGUUCCAAUGACGAUGUGUUUGCCGAUGCCUCCUCGUCUCAUCAUCAAUGUGAUAAUGACCCACCUUAUACAGUAACUGUUAUAAAAGCUGUGACAGACAAGAAGCCCUCCUAUGUUAAUUUGGAUAUUGAUAAACAACGGACUUUAAGUGCUUCAGCCAUCGACGAUGAUCUUCAGUGGAAUUCAGUACCUAUUGAUUUUCCUAAGGAAGACAAUAGUUACAUCACUACAGCAGAAAUAGCUAGAAGGAAACGUGACCGAGGCCUCAAACAGAUGAACAAGACAUUAAAUUCAGAUAGCAGUAUUCAUAAAUCUGACCCAGAUAUUGUAAAUAACCAAAGAAAACAUUUCAGAAAGAAUAGAAAAAGUCCAAGAUAUACAGGAAACAGGGACUGUAGUGACUUAUCCUCUAGUGCCGGUAGUUCUUCAUCAGCUAAAAUAGCCAACCAAAGGAAAAAGAGAGUUGUGACAAAAAUGCAUCUGAUUAAAGAUGAGACAGGUUUAGGAAUACAUAUUGCUGGAGGUAAAGGCUCGAGGAAGGGAGAUCUAGGAAUAUUUGUGGCAGAGGUAACAACAGGAGGAGCUGCUGAUAGAGAUGGAAGACUUAAACGUGGAGAUGAAUUGUUGAUGAUAAAUGGGAAAAGUUUGAUUGGUUUAACACACCAGGAAGCUGUGGAAGUAAUGAGACAAGCACCUAAACUAGUCCAGAUUGUUGUAGCUUCUAAAAUUAAAAGAAGUGGCACCUUACCGUCCAUGUCCAGUGGCUCUCAAAGUAUCGAAGAUUGCAAACCUGCCACCAGAAGUGCGGACAUGACUCAACAAAUCCCUGAUCUGACGGCAGAAACUCCACAUGGUACAGUCAUGAAGUGGGAAGAAUUAUUUGAGAAGAAACUACCCAGUAAGCAAAAUGGCAAUGAUCAUACAAAACAGACUGCUACCUUAGUCAGUUCAUCUUAUCCUGGAGAGAAAUUCUCUAGACCAUCUGACCAAUCAGAGGACAAACUAACGGAGAGUGCCAUCAGAGAGCAGACGUUAAAGGCAAAAACUUAUCACUACGACCUACCACAGUCUAUCACGAUUAAUAAAGGGGCUAGAGGAAAGGGUCUUGGCUUUACUAUUGUUGGCGGCAGUGACUCAGAGAAAGGAAAUCUAGGGAUCUUUGUCAGGAGAAUAUUACCCAGGGGACUCAUAGCAGAAGAUGGAAAUAUGAAAGAGGGUGAUGAAAUUUUGGAAGUAAAUGGUUUUAAAGUAACAGGUUUAACACACAAAGAAGCACUUGCUAAGUUCAGAAGGUUACAGCGGGGUCCUGUGUCCUUCACAUUCCGAAGACGAGUCAGGUCAAGGUCAAACAGUCCCUUCCGUACAGGAGGACGAGUUAUAUCUGGUGGCGAUUUUUCUUCAGAUGGAAGUCCUGUUUCAACGCCAGGCCAUUCACCGUACAGUAGUUGUACAAAUCUAACGAACAUUGAAGACGAAUUUGCUGGCUUCUAUGAUGACGUUGAAGGAAAGAGUCAGUGUAAUAAACUAGAUUUCAGUGAUUUAAUGCUUCCGAAAACAAAUGUGAUAUUUUCAUUGGACAGUGAUACGGACAAGCCAAAUAGUACGGAUCAGUUAGAUUCUAAAAAUAGAACUGAUCAUUUGGAUUCUAAGAAUAAUACUGAUAAUUUUGAUUCUAAAAAUGCUAUUCAUAUAAGACCACAUACAGUAAAGGAGAGAGUAAAAAGAUUACCAGUAGAUAUUAUUAAAGAUGAGGACCAGAGACCUAAUUCUGUACUCAACCCAAAUGUCAAAUGUCAAAUUCUACUGCAAAAAGAACAAGGAAUAGGAUUAGGCAUUUUACUAAUGAGAAGGGACCAUAACGGAACCAGUCAUAUCUACAUACAGGACGUCAAGUCUGGUUCCCCUGCAGAUAAAGACGGAAGACUCAAAAAAGAAGAUAUGAUAUUGGAGGUGAAUGGGAGAUCGUUACAGAAUCUGUCAUUAUUAGAUGCUCACCAAAUAUUUCGUGGUUUACAACCAGGCAAUGUAACAUUGGUUAUUAAAAGGAAACAAAAACAUAAGACUGUUGUGAUAAAUAUCCCACAAGCCAAACCAGUUGUCAGAUACAAGCCAAUUAAAAACAACGAUGAAGGUACGCCAUUUGAUUCUGAUAACCCAGGAUACAUUUACUUGAUAUAUAUUUUGUCGUUGAGAUCAGCAGCGGCUGAUCUAGCCAUUUUAAAUGGGGAUCCCAACCCAGGAUAUAAGGGCUGUUCCAACGGACCUACUUAUCCAUAUUAUCCGAGAAAAAUAACAGUUAUCAAAAUGGAGAAAGUAGCAGAAAAAAAGGCACAUUCUGAAGAAAUUUCGAACUCAGAAAACCGAUAUAAAAUGGAAAGUACAGAUUCAGAUCUUUCGGAGUGGGAGUCACGAACCUUUGGUAAUAUUCAUCUGAAGUCGCCUCCCUUGGUUCAUCAGGAUGACGAUUCCUCUAACAGUGAUAAUCCACAUCUAAGUCCAAGUAAACGGAGAUAUCCUAACUCUUUCUGUAAUAGUGCUGAUACAGAAUCACCAAAGAAAAGCAUGGACUCUUUUCGUUUCGACAAAGAAAACAUUCCGACCAACUGGAGUAGUUCUUUGACUUCCAGGGAUAGAGACAGUGCUUUAGGUGGAUCUUUAAUUUCAGCGUAUGGUUCGGUGCUGACGGAUAGUUCUAGUUCUUUCGAUGCUCAGUCUAAUUCUGAGAGUGAGACUGUUUCGAAUCUUAGUUCACCAACUCAUAGUACUUAUGGACGAUAUAGAAAGAUCUAUGGAAAUCGUAGUGAAUCUACGGAAAAUGACAAAAGUUUGGACUGUGAUCAGGAAGAAGUUGUAGUGCUCCAUCGAUUACCUGGAGAAAAUUUAGGGAUGAUACUGGGGAUCGAGGGGGAUAAAACAAAAGAACAUAUUUCGGCCGUCCGGGUAAAAACUGUGACAAUAGGUGGUGCUGCAUACAGAGCAACAGGCAGCUCGUCAGGGAUUGCUGUCGGUGAUGAAGUAUUACAAGUUAAUGGUUUAGAUUUAAAAACUCUAUCACAUGAUGAAUGUGUAACAGUGUUUAAAGAGAUGCCUCUUAGAGUUAUUCUGAAAAUAAAACGGAAAUCUAAACAAAUCAAAUCAUCGGAGACAGGAAGCCAAUCCAGUGAAGGCAAAGGAUCCAAGAAUAGUUUUGUGAUGCGUUACUCUGCCUCAGAAAGCGAGGAUGACAACCAUGAUGGGUUUGUUCCCUUGCAAUGUGAAAUAGAUAAGGAUCCGACAGAAAGUUUGGGAUUAAGCAUUGUACCUAGUUAUGGUUCAACAAGGCAAUAUUUUCAGAUAAAAAGACUGUUACCAAGUGGUGCUGCAGCCAGAAGUAGAAAACUUAAAGUUGGUGAUCGACUUGUUUCAUGCAACGGAAUACAUUUACGUGGAAUUAACCAAUCAAAGUGCUUAUCUGUUUUAAAAUCUGAAGCAAAUAAUGGAGAUUUUGAAAUAGAAAUUUUGCGUCCAGUUGAAAAUGGCAUCCCAACAGAAUUUUCAUUGACCGUAUCAAAUGGACAUAGCGGUGAAACUAAUCUAAUUCUCAAAUCUCCAAGACACAGUAGAAAAACGGAAAAGACUCCUUUUGAUUCAGAAAGUGAACCCGAAAUAGUACUGAAUAGUUUCCAAAAUUCUACCAAUAGUUUUACAUCAAACUCUGCAAAGUUACCGUCUGAAAAAUCUGAUCAAGAAACUAGUUAUACCUCAGAUGCAAGCACUGAUUUAGAAUCAAGUUUUGAGCAGGAUUUAAAUAGAAGAAGAAAUAAACAUUCAACAAUGGCAAGUGAAGAACAGUGGGGCUUUGCACUUCCUCCACCCAUGGAAUUUUCUGAUAGUCCUGAAAAUGGACAAGAUGAAGAGGAGAUCCCUGUUCAGACUAGUAUAGAUGAUGUUCUCAAUGAAUAUUCUCCGUCUUGUUCUAAUAUGAGUACACCGAUUCACCAGCCAACACCUCCACAGGACAUGAAAAUGAUCGAAGCAUUGGUUGGUUUAGAAGAUGAAACUGAUGUUUCAGCAGAAUUUCCAUUGACAAAUAUCGAGGAAAGCCCUUUAGAGCAGGUAAACAACAUCAACGGUGAUCAGUUAAUUGAAAAUGGUGAUUCUAUCGAACAUCUGUCUGAAGUAGAAGACAAUUAUCCUGACUUACAAAAAGAGGAUAAACAAACAAAUUACAUGAAUACCAAUGGGGAUUUAUUAAACAGUCAGCAAAAUAUUCAGGAUAAAGAAGACCAAGUUGAUUCAAAACAAGUAGAAAACAAAUCAGAAAAGAAAACCAAGAAUUUCUUUAACCUUGUUGGAAAUAUUCAUCAGUUUUAUUACACUUCUAGUGAUGGUUUAUCACAGAGUGAAAGUGGAGACGAUGACCUUAUCCAGCCGGUCAGAAUUAAGAAAGAUUUGGUUGUCCCGGAUUAUAUUAAAGAACACUCAAAACUUGUCAAAGAAGUUGUUGAAGAAGAGGCCAUAGCCCCAUCAGCCAUUGAAAGAAGUAAUAAAAUACCUGUUUCUGCUACCUUUGAUGUGAACUCAUUUACUGAGGUCAAAAAAGAGGACAUUCCUCACCCUAUGAAAUCAGACUCACCUCCUUUACCUGAAAUGAAGAAAAUUAAAACUCUAAAACCUCGGGCCCCAACAGAAGUUGAAUUUAAUGGGGAAGAAAUUGUUGAAACUUUCACUCCUGUCCUGGCCCAGAGAGAAAAUUAUUCUAAGCUUUUAGAAGAGAAGCUUAGUAGAGGUAUUGAAGAAGAAUCAAUAGUUCCAUCAGAGGUCAAAAGAGACGAUUCUUUUGGCGACAAGGUUCAAUUGUUGAUGAUGACCAAUCGGUGGGCUAGUUCUGCUAAAGAGAAAUCCGAUAAAAAAUCCACUGAUAUAUCUUUCUCAGGAAUGGUUCAGCAUUUACAGAAUGCUGAGCCUAAUAUUGAUAGUUCAGUAACAGUAAAUAACCAGGAUGUUAAUGUACAGAAUGCUGAGCCACAUAUUGACAGUUCAGUGACUGUGAAUAAUGAGGUUGUUAUUGCAGAAAAGGCGGAGAUUCCUGCAAAAGAGGAAGAUCAACCAUUGAGUAAAUUGGAUGUAACACAAACAGAAUCAUCAAUAAAUAAACUUGAUAAAUCUACUGAAAACCAACCUGAAAAUAGCAUUCAACAAUCAAAACAAGAACCUGGAGAACAUAAAACGGAAAUUUCAGUUACGACACAAAAUAAAAGUGAAACUGACAAAAUUUCGAAAGCAGAAAAUAUUGUAGAUGAACAAGUGGAUAAAAAAUUAACAAAAUCAGACACUGAUGUUACACCAGUUCAUAAAACUACUGUGGCUGUUACAAGUUCACAAAGCAUUCUCAAAACUGUUCAGGCUAAGACAACUACCUCGUCCAUAAUCAAACCUCUAUCAACCAUUAAACCAUUGUCAUUCAGCACAUCCUCUCUCAAUCGACCAAGUGCUGGUAGAUACUCAACUACAAUAAAUACAGGAUCAAAACCAUCGCUCUUAUCAACCAUCUACAGUAAGACACAUGCUGUGGCAGCUAAUGUCAGGACAGAAGAUCAGGAAUUUCUCGUCAGCAUUAUGAAGGGAAUUCUGGGAAUAGGAAUGAAAGCUGAAGUCCGACCGGAAGGAUAUGUUCAAGUGACAGAAAUACAAUCUAAUGGCCCCGUUGGUAAAGAUGGAAAUAUCAGGGUUGGAGAUUAUAUCUUAUCCAUCAACAGUACUGAGCUGACUGGUUUACCUGAUCAUAAAGUACAACAGAUUAUACGAUUACUACCUAGAGGACUAGCUAAGAUAGUUGUCAGUGUCUCACCUCCAGAUAUCACUAAAAUAGAUACCUCAAAAUCAUUAUCUAGGCCACCUGAUUUGUCAAUAAAUACAAGUUCUUCAGCACUAAGACGUUUAUCACCAGCUCUUAGUCCAAAAAUGAUGAUGAGUGAGGCAAAAACCACCAGUCCAAGAAGUAGCUAUACAUCACCAACUGUCAAACCACUAUCACCAACUGUCAAACCAGCAUCACCAACUAUGACGAAACCAAUAUCACCAGCCUUGUCACCUUCUCAUCACCAUACUUCACCAACAAGUCAACAGUCUCCAAAUGCAGCUCCAAGAUCACCUGGUUUGGCUCCUGCUUUAGCUCCAAGAAACUCUCCUCUUCAACAGACACAACCAAAACCUGUUGCCAUUCCAAGACAAACUGUUACCCAUGAUGCAAGGGAAUCAGCAGUUGACCAAGAACCAGUAAAGCCUCCUGUAUCACAGAAGAAACCAGUAGAAGAAACCAUGAGCUCAGACACUGUAACCAGUACAAGGAAAGAACCACCACCUAUUGCUCCUAAACCUAAACCAAGAUCUCUGCCACAACAAACUGAAACAGCCACUCAUCACAAAAUUACUCCUAAUCUUGGUGGAUAUGUCGGCUCUGCUGUUAGUCAGCUAAAAAAAAGUCAUGAGCCAGUCAGUGUAGAUAGAGAACCAGUUAUAACAGCACAUCAUACAGAUUAUGUGUCGUCUGCUAGAAAAGCCAGCCAUGAUACAGAAGACAACAAGCCAAUAGAUACUGUUAUAUUUGCUUCUAUCAACCCAGGUCGGAAAACUGAUUACGUCUCGUCUGCUAGAAAGACAUUUGAUGAACCUAAACUUAUUCCAUCAGGAAUGGUAGAUUAUGUUCCUACAGAGAAACCUAAAGCUGCUGAGAGAACAAAGCCUUCACAUUUCCAGGUUUUAGCACCCACUAGUGGGUCAGAAGGAGGAGUGAAAAUUACUGGAGCUAGGCUCAAUUCUGCUCUCAGUCCAAGAAAAGGAAGGUCAGAAAAUAAAACUGCUUUUAAUUUCAAUGCCAAAUUUCCUUCUGAAGAUAAAGCCUUGCCAAGAGCUGGUUAUUUUGUGGGUAAGACUGAUGUUGUAACUUCACCAAAAGACAUAGAAUCACUGCAUGAUGAAGAUGUAUCUGUCCCACCUGUUCCUUCACCAAGGACAGACAACUCACUUAGUCCAACUGCCUUGUCACCGAGAUCCGAUACUUCCAUGUCUUCAAAUGAUGGAUCACAAAAAUCACCUGUUGCAUCACCAAGAUCACCAAAGAGUAGUUCUCCAAGUUCUUCACCUAAAUUUAAUCUCUCUUUAAAAGAUGAUUCACAGAUUGAUGUUGUUGCAUGUUCACUAGGAGAUGAUAUGUCUUCUUCACAUGAAAAUCAUACCAGUCUAAGGUUAGAAUCAACAUCGCCAUCUACAGUGCCAUCAGUUACCGUACAAUCUGGCGAAGAAUUUGAAAUUAGUAGUGAAAAUGUUUUAGAGGCUGAAAAUAAAGAAAAGCCAGAAUAUAAUUUUUCAGAUAAAUUACCGUCAAAUGCUGACAAACUUUUAUAUAAUGAAGCUUAUGGUGUGGUGCAUGAAGCUGAAAUUGUUUCAGAUUUUACAAUUAAUCAAGAAUCAAUGCCAGAGAAUAACAUUCUUACACAUAAUAUUCAGACAGAAAAGCAUGGGGAAUCUGACAAUAUAUUUAUGCAUGAUAAGAUUUCUGAACAAAAUACCUCUUCUGAAAUUACUAAUACUUUAAAUAUAGACAUUAACAAAAAUGAUGACUUUGCUACAAGGGAGAUAACUCCUGCCAAUUCUUCUGUGGAACAAGGCACUGAAGAAACUGGAAAUAUUCAGAACGACCUUGAUCUUUGCAUGAAUUUACCAAAACAUGUGGAAUUACAGGCUGCAUGUACUAAUGUUGUUAUGGAAUCAGAAGACAUAUCUGGUGAAAGCUCUAAUACCGAAGGUGGAAGUGAAAAUCAAAAUAUAACUGUGCAAUUAAUUUCUGAUUCAGAAAAUGUUUCUUUUCUGCAGGAGUCUCCCAGAUCAGAAGAUCAGCCAACUGGUGCAAUUUUAGGAGAUAAUUCAAAUAUAAAUGUAGAUAAACCAUAUUCAAACAUUAAUCAGGAUAUCAUAGAUAAUAUAGUUGUUGAGAGUGUUCCUCCUGGAUUCAGUGAUGAAAUUGACAGUGUAACAAACAAUGAUAUUCAUCAUCUGGAUCAAUCAAAUUUGACUGAUGUUUCUGUCCCAUUAACUCAAAGUAGUGCUGAAAACUUUAUUCUUGAUGUUUCCUUCCCUUCAUACUGUGUUAAAUUCCCUCUCAUAAGUGGUUCAGACAGUGAUUUAAUUGUGGUGUCUAGUCAACGGCCAUUCUCUAUCAUUUCUGGAGGACAGAACGUUUCUGUGAAAUCAAAAUCAAAUUGUUUAGAAGACAUUGUAUUGUGUGAAUUGUUGGUAUCUACCCAAAUGUUGUCAAAUGAUUUAAAGUUUGCCAAUCAGAAGAUGGACUCCAUAGGAAGAUCUAACAAUGAGGAAAUUUCUGUGAUACUUCUUCAUCGACAAAGCAGUAGGACCACCAUUGGAAUAAACCUGUCUUCAGGGCCUAACGAAGAUAUGGUGGUUUCCCAACUGGAUCCCUCCGGCCUGUUUCAACAGAGUGGACAAAUAAAAACUGGUGACACGAUAUUACUUAUUAAUGGAGAGAUCGUCAGCAAACGAAAUGCAGAUGCCAUCUUGGAAUCACUAGAGAAUUCAGAGUCCCAUUUGGUGUGUGUAGUUAUCUCCCAUAGUACAAGUUUACAGACAAAGGGAGAUAACUCAAUUCCUACACCAGUUACUAACUUACCAGACAGUCCUACAAGUGAUGAAAAUGCUAACAAAAAGAUUAUACCUGAUACAGUAGAACCUAUAUCAGAUACAGUAGAACCAAAUGCUGACGGCCUAUUAGAACUGACCAUGGUUAAAGGAGUUACUGGACUUGGAUUUCUCAUCGAAGGAGGCAUAGGAUCCCCAAGGGGAGAUGUUCCCGUCAAAAUCAAAAGAAUGUUUAAAGGAGGAUCUGCUGCCAAGUGUGGUCUUCUGAAAGUUGGAGAUGAACUUGUAACGGUGGCUGGUGUAGAAAUGUCAACAAUGAAACACACAGAGGCAUGGAAUUUUCUCAAGUUUUUGGACGAUGGAGAGGUCAAAUUGACAGUUCGAAGAGCUCUAGAAUAAUUGUUAAAAUAUUUCAUUAUAGACAAAUUCCGCCUGGUUAUAUCUCAAAUGUUCAGUAUAAGCACGAUAGCUUUGAAAUAUAAGACUGUUGCUUAACACAAAAUGGUCAGUAUAUAAAAUGCACUUCUCCUGUCUAUGCCUUUGAAAACUCAUAUUUAUUCCGACUGUUGAAAAUUUAAAUAUUGACAAUAUUCAAAUUCUCAGUAUAUUCUAAUAAGAUGAUGAUAAAAAAAAAAUGAAUAAAAAUUCUGUGAAAUCCAUCAUAGUUUUAGUGAAUAUAAAUAUAACACAAGUGUUUUGGACUUAUAUUUAAGUUGUGUCUAAUAAAUAAGUUGGCCAUGUGAUUUCUUUUUAUUUGUCUCAAUUUAACGAUAUAAAAAUAUUAUUCAUUUAUUGUGAUGUAUGUCUCAGUUUAAUUUUCUGUAUUAACAUCCUAUAUAAAACAAAGUCUCAUACUGUCUUUCGUUAAAAGUAUUUAAUUAUUUUUAAAUCCACUAGAACUAUAAUGAAGUUGAGGAGAUUAUAUUGCCAUCGCAUCAAUGUAAAUGGAAUGUCACAUAUUUAUGAUAAUAAUUUACCAUUUUAAGCACUUAGACUAUAAUCUGUUUAUUAUGGGGGGAAACAUUACUUAGAGAACCACAGACAAGGGAGACAAUUUGGACUAAUUUCUCCAAUGUCACCCAAUUAUUUUAUUUAUGUCUCAAUUUAUGUUUAUAUUCAAGACUUUCCUUUUACUUGUUGACAUUCAUAAACAUUGUAUAAAUAUUUUUUUGAUUUCUUUUGAAUGUACAUGACUUUUAUGGUAAUGAAUAAGUAUUUAAAACAUAUAACAGAAUAUUAUAUAUUUGUUAUUUGAACUAAUAAUUAAUUUGAAUAAAUUGCAUCAAUGGAUUUAUAUGUCUAAUAAGAUACACAUUUAUAUACCUAUUGUAUAACAAAGCUAUUGUUCUACAAAUAUACCCCAUUGUUGUUUUUCUUUGUUUUGUUAUUGCUUAAGAAUGUUUUGUAAAGGGAUAUGUAAUAUAUAAUAUAUUAUUUAUAUAC